ACGAGGCUGGCAAUGUUGCCCUCACUAGGGCACUUCCUCCCGCUCCUGAACGUCAUUUCCUGCUUCUCACAGGCAGGCAGCACUCCUCCUCUUGGUCUUCUGAGAGCAGUUUGGAGCAGAAGGAGGGACGCCUCCUCCAAGUGCUAUGUCUGAAAACCAGAAGGACCUGAUGGGGCUAGAUCGACUUGAAUAUCUGCAAGCUUUAGUCACAGAGUUCCAAGUUACAGAGAGUUCUGAAGCCAAGGAGCAGGUGCUUGCCAAUCUAGCUAACUUUGCUUUUGACCCCAAGAAUUAUGAAUAUCUCCGGCGACUGAAGGUCUUGGACCUCUUCCUGGACUUGCUUACUGAGGACAGUGAAACACUUGUGGAAUUUGCACUUGGUGGCCUUUGUAACCUCUGCCUGGACAAAAUCAACAAAGACUAUAUCUUGGAGGCAGGUGGGGUCUCUGCUGUGGUCAGCUGCCUGUCCAGUUCCAAUGAGGAGACUGUGUUGUCCGCUGUUACUACCCUAAUGUACUUGACCACACCCCAGUCUUGCCAAGAGAUCACUGCUCUCCCCGUGGUAGAGUGCAUGCUGCGGUUCUCCCUCUCAGCCAGCAGAAGGCUCCGAAACCUGGCAACUAUCUUUCUGGAAGAUUAUUGCACCCCUGUUCAGGUAGAGGAGGCCAGGAACCUGACCAAACACACAGCUUUAGGGAUUCCACUACCAAAGGAGUGAUUCAGAAUGCAGCCUGUCAGAAGGAUUUUUCUUAAAGAAGCAGCAGCAGCAGCACAUCUUUCUUGUAAGGUGAUAAGUGACUGUUAGGGAAUUUUGAAUUAAUUGUGCACAUUUGAAUUGCUUGCCAUCUUAGGGCCUCCUUAAAUAUUCUGAUGUUAUGUUGAUUUGAAGAAUUUAAUGUGAAAUGUAUGCAAGUCAAUCAUUAUUACAAUGGUUGUGUAGCUGAAAAGAAGCAAGGCCAACAUGGCAUAAUGGUUUGAGUGUCGGACUGCAACUCUGGAGAACAGGGUUCAAUUCCCCCCUCAUCCGUGAAACCCACAGGGUGACCUUAGGCAAGUCACACUCUCUCAGCCACAGAGGAAAGUAAAGGCAAACUUCCUCUGAACCAAUCUUAGCAAUAAAAGCCCAUGAUACGUUCACCUCAGAGCCUCCAUAAGUUGGAAAUUACUUGAAGGCACAAAAGAACAACAUGGUUCCUUUAACUAGAUCCAAUUUUUUAUCAAUUAUCAGAGUAAAGAGAAGGCUUCAGGUGAUUAAACCCUAAAGAAAUAUACAAAACUCUUAUUGAUGUGGAACUACUGAUUUUUGCAGUUCUGUGUAUCUAUAUAGAUUGUAUAAACUCCACAUAGAGAUUUAAAUGUUUAAUAACUUGAAAAAUUCAAAGCACAAUCAAGAUGAGAUACAAUUUUGAUGCAAACAAGAGGAAGAUGGGACAUCUUUUCCCAUCUCAGUUGGCCAACUGAGUAUGUUUCCUUUUUUCCAGUUUCAUUGUCAGCUGAAUAGUGAGAAUGUCUUUUUAUUUCACUUUGGAUCUUUUGCUUUCCAGUAUUGCCCUCCAAUCAUCCGUCCAAGACUCCAGUCUCUUUCGUGGGGGCUCCAGCUUUAGAUGCUUGUUAUGACAGCAAGAGAACAAGAUGUGCUCCCAGCUUGGAUUAGGUUCCACCCCUGAGGUGAAUCAGAAUAGGACGUUGUGAGAGCAAUCAUUACAUCACCAGUGGCAAAGCACAUGAAUAUGAAAGCUGUAUGUCAACAUGCAUACCUCUAAUGGUAUCCUUGUCAUCAAAAAGCAGAUCAGCUGACACAAUUGUCUUAUCUCUGGUCAAAAUUAGUCGUUCCACAAAUUUUGGACCCAAGUGCUUUUCAACCCAUUGGUACUGUCAGUUGAAGAGAGAACAAUAUUAAAAGGAUUUUAAGUGAGAGCUUUCAAAAAGCUGUCUCCAGUAUAGGGUAUCUGACUAGACACAGUCUGAGCUGCCCUUAACUGGUGAUAUAAUUCAUUUGAAAUACAGUCUGCAAAGACAUUUGCUCAUUUUGCAAAUUACCAAGGCUGCAAUCUUUUGUGCACAGACUUGGGCAUGAACUUCAUUGAAGGCUAACUUAAUGUGUGUUUUUUUAAAAAAAAUCUUAAAGAAAAGUAUUUGUGUUUGCUUUAGAAGAAUGUUUACAUCUGUUGUACCUUACCUUGGAAGCCUAAGAAGCUGGGAGGCAAUAAUACUACUAUGAUCCUACUAUUAGGAUUGUUAACCUUUUCUGUUAUAUACAGGAUUCACAGCAUAAUCCUAUACACAUGUACUCACUGGUGUGAAUGGGGCUUACUUCCUAAUGAUUUAUUUUUAGGGUUGUGAUGUCAAUCGUAUACAUGAUAGAAUAAAUGAACACAUUCCUUUAUAUUCAUUUCUAACCUUUACAGAAUUGUGGCACCUACCACUUAUAAUGCCUUGGCUUAUUUAUUCCAUUGUCUGAUUAAAGGCUUUUCCUACUAUUUACCUCUAA